AUGGUGUGGUCAGAAGCUUUUGGCCGUCUGGCCUUUGCGAAGAAGCAUGACAGGACUCCAGAGGAGCGCGCCUUUGUUCGCAGGCUGGACCUGUUCCUCAUGACAUUUGGAUGCAUCUCUCAAGUCAUCAAGUUCUUGGAUCAGACAAAUAUCACAUCCGCAUAUGUGAGCGGUAUGAAGGAAGACCUUGAGCUGUUUGGAAAUGAGUUGAACUUCUUCACGACCUAUUUCAAUAUCGGCUACUGCAUCAUGCUCAUUCCCUCUCAAAUCAUCUUGACCUAUGUGCGGCCAAGCAUUUGGCUUUCAACGCUCGAGAUUGCUUGGGGUGUCAUCACUGGCCUCAUUGCUAUUGUGCACAAUGAGAAGCAGAUUUACGCCCUCCGCUUCGUUCUUGGUCUGCUGGAGAGCAGCGCAUGGCCAGGCAUGAUCACCUUGCUGAUGUUGUGGUAUACUCCCUCUGAACUGGCAAAAAGAAUGGGUUUCUACCACUCUGCGCGAGCAGUCGGUGGUAUGAUGUCUGGAGCCCUCCAGGUUGCAAUCCUGAACACUCUUGAUGGACACAGUGGCCUCCCUGGUUGGCGAUGGCUUUUCAUCAUCAACGCUAUCAUGACUGUCGUGCUUGGCUUCUUCGGCUACGUCAUGCUCCCCGACACCCCGAACAAGCCAAACCCCUGGGCCAAGUGGUGGUUCAAUGAUACUCAUGCGCAGAUUGCCAUGAAGAGACUUGAACGACAUGGACGGUCUGAAUCCAAAAAGAUUACCUGGGCAGCAUCGAAGCGAGCUGCUCGGAUGUGGAUCACGUACUACAUCCCCGCCUACUGGGUGGUCAGCGGAAUGAGUGCCGGAGCACUGGGAUACUUCAAUGUCUUCCUCCGAUCACUGAUGGACAGCCAGGGCCAACCCGCCUGGACAAAGACGCAGGUCAAUGCUAUUCCCAUUGGUGGAGGCGCUAUCCAAGUUGUCUUCAUUUGGUUUUGGUGUAUUCUGUCAGAUCUUCUGCAGGUUCGAUGGCAGCUCAUUGUCACCCAGAGUGCCAUUGGCCUCAUCCCAGCCAUCAUCAUGACGAUUUGGACACGGAACCCCGACAGUGUACCUCUGAGUGCAGCUUACGCGAGCUACUUCAUGACUUACAUGGUCCAAGCCUCGGGCCUUAUUCUUCUGGCCUGGUUUACAGACAUGUUCCCAGGAGAGCCCGAGGCUCGUGCCCUGAUCGUUGGAAUCUCGGUCGUCGCUAUCUACGCAGUCGACGCUGGCAGCCAAGUAUCAGUUUGGCCAGCGACCCAAGCACCGUACUACAAAACGGGUUGGGUUGUCAUGCUCUCUAUGUGGACAGCAGGCAUCAUCCUCAUCGUAACUCUGCACUUCAUCGACAAACGAUAUGUCACUCCAAAGCGGAUCGCCACUUCCGAGCCCAUCCAGACCGUAGAGUAUGAGAAUGACUCAGCUGGGUCCGAUAAGAACGAGAAACGUGUUCAAGUCAGCAGCUUGGCAUAG